CCGAUGAUAACUUGGACCAUGUUGUGCCGCAGAGUACGGCGCUGAUUUUUCCGGCAGAGUCCGACGGGUCCAGAAUGAUCACACCUUGGCUUAGGAUACCUCACAAUUUAGCCCUUUUGGCCGCAGCCAUGCUGACCAUUUUCCCGGUCGUAAGGACCAGGUUAACCGAGGAGGAGGUAGAGGAGUAUCAGCGAUUGGCCAAUGUAACGGAAACUGUGAGAGGGAUCCUUCACGGAUAUGACAUUAGGCUAAGACCAGAUUUUGCAGGGGACCCACUUGUCAUUGGAAUGUCAAUUGAAAUUGCCAGUAUUGACAGUAUAUCGGAAGUUAACAUGGACUACACCAUGACGAUGUACUUCCAGCAGACGUGGCGGGACCCACGCCUGUCCUACACCAGCGUACCGCACAACCUGACCCUGGACGGCCGGGUGGCGGAGAGUAUCUGGGUCCCGGACACGUACUUCCUGAACGACAAGGAGUCUUACCUACACGGAGUCACCGUAAAGAACCGAAUGUUACGGCUACAUCAUGAUGGAUCUGUCCUCUACGGAUUGAGGAUAACGACAACCGCAGCGUGCCAGAUGAACCUCCGGAGGUACCCUCUCGACGAGCAAAACUGCACGCUGGAAAUAGAAAGCUACGGUUAUACCACAGACGACCUUGAGUUUCAUUGGAAGGACGGCAAAGAUGCCGUCAUUGGUUGGGAUCAGAUCGAACUUCCGCAGUUCGAUAUCGUCGAUUACAACGUAGAGCAGAAAGUCAUCCAGUUUUCUACAGGAGCAUAUCCACGCCUUUCUCUCAGUUUCCGUCUGAAGAGAAACAUCGGCUACUUCAUGUUACAAACCUACAUGCCGUCCGUGCUCAUCGUCAUCCUAUCAUGGGUGUCCUUCUGGAUCAACCCUGAAGCCACGGCCGCACGGGUAGCGCUAGGUAUCACUACUGUGUUGACCGUGACGACCAUCAACACCAGUGUCCGAGCGUCCCUCCCCAAAAUCUCCUACGUCAAAGCAAUCGACCUAUACUUAAUGGGCUGUUUUGUCUUCGUCUUUGCUGCACUGAUCGAGUACGCUGUGGUUAAUUACAAAUAUUUUGGCUCCAAACCUAAGAGGGGGGAAAUCCAAUUGGCCUCGACUUCUUCACCAAGCCCCCCGGCCCGACGGUGUAGGAGGCAACGCCGUGAGGGGAGCAAUCACUCCAUGGGAAGUGUUGGGGACAACUCGUACCAACAGAACACAUCGGUGGUCGAGAUCAGAAUGGCGACUCUGUCCUCGAGAGCGGAUACACAAGACGACCGGAACCACAAGCAGGACGCUCCGGCGCUGACGCCGAUUCACGCCGACGAGACGAGAGGCAUAGUCGGGCUGUACAUGGACUCGUCCGAGCCCUUACGUCACUACCACGACAGAACGUCAACGGCGUCCAGUCCUGACUUCAACAACGUGGGCAUGCGCAGACGCAAGCUCCCGACCGAUCCGAAAAUUUCCAUCCCCAGGCUGAAGCUGCCGAAGAUUCGCGAUGUGAACACGAUAGACAGAUAUUGUAGGGUUCUCUUCCCGAUUGCCUUUGUGAUACUCAAUACUGUAUACUGGGUGUCGUACUUUCUAGGGACAUAGGCAGUGAUGGAGCCUCAAGUAUCCCAGAAUCCAUUGCAAUACACAUUUCACAAUACACAUCCAAAAUGGCUGACUGUGACCCAACAAGCAUAUCGACCUAUCAAGUUGCCUAUAAAACUAAAGCAAUUACAUGUAGCUCAAUUUCAGAAAAAAAUCAAACUCAAAAA